GCCGUCCCCCGGUGGAGUAGAUUACCUCCUUCCUUCAUCACCACCGCCUUGAGCGUCAUCGCCGACGGCCGCCGUUCCUUCCCUCGUCCGCCGUUUCUGGUUCUCACUCUCGAUCCGCCCCCUGCCCGCGGAGAUGCUACGGCCAUGGCGGAUGCUGCUGCCCCUGCUCCUCCUCUACUCCCCCAUCGUCUUCUCGCAAGAAGUCCAAGAUAAUGAUCCCUCCACAUUGUUCGAACGAGCCUCGGAGAUGGUGAGCCUGAGGAAAUAUGACGGAGCGCUUGGCCUGCUGAAUGCGGUCUUGGAGGUUGACCCGAAUCAUUCUGAAGCUUACAGGCAGCGUGCAUCAGUGCUUCGUGACAGAUGCAGAUACAAGGAAGCUGAGAGUGAUUAUAACAAAUAUCUGGAGCUAAAGCCUGGGACCGCUUUAGUCGAAAAGGAAUUGUCUCAGCUGCUGCAGGCUCAAAAUGCAUUAGAAUCUGCUUAUGGCCAGUCUGAUGCUGGAGACUUUUCAAAAGUCCUGGAAUACGUCAAAAAAAUUGUGCUCGUCUUUUCUCCAGGUUGCUUAAAGGCAAAGCUUCUCAAAGCUAAAGCAUUGCUAGCACUGAAAGACUACUCAAGUGUUAUUUCGGAGACAGGAUUUAUUCUGAAGGAAGAUGAAGAUAACUUGGAAGCACUGUUACUUCGUGGUCGAGCAUACUAUUACCUUGCUGAUCAUGAUGUUGCCAACAGGCACUAUCAGAAAGGCCUCCGUCUAGACCCUGAACAUUCAGAAUUGAAGAAAGCAUAUUUUGGGUUGAAAAAACUUCUGAAGAAGACUAAGAGCGCUGAAGAUAAUGCUGCCAAGAGUAAGUUACGUGUGGCUGCUGAGGACUACAAGGCAGCACUAGCAAUGGAUCCAGACCAUACUUUGUACAAUGUACAUCUUUAUCUUGGGCUAUGUAAGACUCUGGUCAAACUUGGAAGGGGCAAGGAUGCAAUCAACAGCUGUACAGAAGCACUCAGCAUAGAUGGUGAACUUGUUGAAGCUUUGGCUCAGAGAGGUGAAGCUAAACUUCUCUCAGAAGAUUGGGAAGGUGCGGUUGAGGAUCUAAAAGAGGCUGCUCAGAAAUCUCCGCAGGACAUGGGAAUCCGAGAAUCACUGAUGAAAGCUGAGAGGCAGCUUAAGAUGAGCAAAAGGAAAGACUGGUAUAAAAUCCUUGGCAUUUCGAAGACAGCAUCAGCCGCGGACAUCAAACGCGCGUACAAGAAGCUGGCGUUGCAGUGGCAUCCAGAUAAAAACGUAGAGAACCGAGAGGAAGCGGAGAACAUGUUUCGGGAAAUCGCGGCUGCCUACGAGGUGCUCAGCGAUGAAGAUAAGCGUGUAAGGUAUGAUCGAGGGGAGGAUGUGGAUGAGAUGAAUAUGGGAGGAGGAGGAGGAGGUGGUUUCAACCCCUUUGGGGGAGGAGGACAGCAAUACACAUUCCAUUAUGAUGGAGGAUUCCCUGGGGGCGGUGGGGGAGGAGGAUUUCCUGGAGGCUUUCAGUUCAACUUCGGCUAAAGCAAAGCAGUCUCUCUUAUUAUAUACUGAUACUGAUGGAUGAUGUCUUUUUGUUGUUGUUGUUUUAGGAUCUGAGAGGUUUUCCGUUUAGCAAAUCACCAAUUGAUUUUCCUAUCAAAUUAUAUAUCAUCAAUAUAUACGUCGGGACUGUGGACCAACCUGUCAAUGGAAAUGGAAUGGAAAUAAGCUAGCAGUUUGGUCCAGUGAAACGCAGGGCACGAGGACAUGGCCUCUCUUCUUCAUGGCUUCCUCCUUGUUUGCCACCAUUUUCGCUGACUAUAUAUUUUUUUUCGAAAAGGAAGGAACAUUCCCAGCCUCUGCAUCAAUCGAUGCAGACAGCCAAAAUAUUUUUUUUCGCUGACUAUAUAUAUAGCUCGCAGCUUCUGGA